AUGAAUCGAUUGUUAGGCAAUAAACGUCGAGCAUCAUUUGAUGUUAACCAACGGCCAUUAUCAUUUAAAGUUUAUUAUUUAGGAAAUGUAGCAACAUCACUAACUCGAGGCGAAGGUUGUGCAGAUCGACCAGCUAAACUUCUUUGGGAUAUGCAUGUAAAAAAUCAAGGACGUUUAGGAAGAAAACUUCGUUUAACGGUUACAAAUGCUGGUUUAGAAGCCGAAAGUUGUACGAAAUUACUUACAACAAAUGAUAUUACACUUUAUUCUACGAAUCGUAUCGCAUAUUAUCUUGUUGCUAGUAAACUCAAUCCAAAAAUGUUUAUUUGGGUUUAUAGACAUGUAAAUAUUCGAUCAGGUCUAACGACAGAGCUUCGUUGUCAUGCAUGUUUGUGUCACAGUGAAGAUAAUGCUAAAUCUCUUGUUGAUCUUCUUCAUCAUCAUUUACAAGAUUCUUUACGUGAAUAUGUACGUGAAAAACAUCGUCGUCAAAUAACUCGAUUAUCUAUAUCAUCAUCAUUAAAUUUAACGAAUUUAACAAGUGCAGACCAAACAAUAAAUGAACCACCUAAACGUUUAUUGACUCGAAGUCAAGCAUCAAAUUACCGACCAUCAUUAGCUCGAUCAAUGUCAAAUAUUGGUCUUGGUCGUAUGGAUGAUAUUGAAGAACAUGAUGAUGAAUUAAAUAGUGAAACAACAACUACGAUGUCAACAUCAUCAACAUCAUCUAUUGAUUUAAUUACAUCAAAAUUGACUGAUUUAGAAACAGAUAAAAGAAUGAAGUUAAGAAAAAAAAAACGUAAUAUGCAAGGUACAUUUCGAUAUCCUGAUGGAUCUGAAUAUACAGGUGAAUGGAAUGAAGAUGGUCAAAGACAUGGUUCUGGCCAAUUAAUAUUUAACGAUCAAGCUAAAUAUCGUGGUCGAUUUGAAAAUGGUCUUUUUUCUGGACUUGGUUCAAUAUCCUAUCCCGAUGGAUCAAAAUAUGAUGGUGACUUUCUUCAAGGUCGAUAUCAUGGUUUAGGUGUAUUUACUCGAUGUGAUGGAAUGAAAUAUGAAGGACAAUUACAGGAAGGAAAAAUUUUUGGUUUAGGUCUUUUAACCUUUGCUGAUGGUUCACAUGGUUUACCACGAAAUGAAGGACAUUUUGAAAAUAAUAAAUUAGUACGACGUGAAAAAUGUACAGAUAUUAUACGUAAAGCUGUUGCAUGUGCUGAACGUGCAAAAUCACAACAUGUUUGA